AUGGGUAAAGCUGGACCAUGGGUAAAGCUGGACCAUGUAGACCAGGCCAGCUGGACCAUGGGUGAGUCCUGGAAAAAGGGCCGGAGACGGGACAAAGGGCAGGAGACGGGACAAAGGGCAGGAGACGGGACAAAGGGCCGGAGACAGGACAAAGGGCCGGAGACGGGACAAAGGGCCGGAGAUGGGACAAAGGGCCGGAGACCGGACAAAGGGCAGGAGACGGGACAAAGGGCAGGAGACGGGACAAAGGGCCGGAGACUGGACAAAGGGCCGGAGACCGGACAAAGGGCAGGAGACGGGACAAAGGGCAGGAGACGGGACAAAGGGCCGGAGACUGGACAAAGGGCCGGAGACGGGACAAAGGGCCGGAGACGGGACAAAGGGCCGGAGACGAGACAAAGGGCCGGAGACUGGACAAAGGGCCGGAGACGGGACAAAGGGCCGGAGACGGGACAAAGGGCCGGAGACGGGACAAAGGGCCGGAGAUGGGACAAAGGGCCGGAGACCGGACAAAGGGCAGGGAGACGGGACAAAGGGCAGGAGACGGGACAAAGGGCCGGAGACUGGACAAAGGGCCGGAGACCGGACAAAGGGCAGGAGACGGGACAAAGGGCAGGAGACGGGACAAAGGGCCGGAGACUGGACAAAGGGCCGGAGACGGGACAAAGGGCCGGAGACGGGACAAAGGGCCGGAGACGAGACAAAGGGCCGGAGACUGGACAAAGGGCCGGAGACGGGACAAAGGGCCGGAGACGGGACAAAGGGCCGGAGACGGGACAAAGGGCCGGAGACGGGACAAAGGGCUGGAGACAGGACAAAGGGCCGGAGACGGGACAAAGGGCCGGAGACGGGACAAAGGGCUGGAGACAGGACAAAGGGCCGGAGACGGGACAAAGGGCCGGAGACGGGACAAAGGGCCGGAGACGGGACAAAGGGCUGGAGACAGGACAAAGGGCCGGAGACGGGAAGCUGGACCAUGGGGAAAACUGGACCAUGGGCUGUGAGAAGGGCUGGACUCCGUUUGAUUCUCGUUGUUAUAAGUUCUUCAACCGGAAGUCCUCCUGGAUGGAUGCAGAGAGAAGCUGUCUCCGGGUCGGAGCAAACCUGGUCUCCGUCCACAGUCUUGAAGAGAACACGUUCAUCGGGGACUUGAUCUUUAAGGCCACAGGGUCCAACACUGGGACCUGGCUCGGUGGGACUGACGCCGUCGUGAAUAACAGGUGGAUGUGGAGCGACGGGACACGCUGGGACUUUGAGCAGUGGUUUACGGAUGAGCCCAACAACCGGGACGGUCGGGAGGAGGGUCUGAUGAUCAACUUCCAUGACGCCAUGACGUGGAACGAUUACCCACGAUCCAAUCUUCUGCCCUUCGUCUGUGCCAGAGACUGUGCUUGGCCCUGUUUUUAUGAAUCUGGAUGA